AUGGAGAUCCAGCCGAGGGGCCCAUUCGCGUGGAGAAUCAAAGGGAGGCGUCGUCUCGAUGCAUCCAGCAAAGCGGACGCUCCGAGGGUGUUGGCGAUCCGCCACAAGCGUACCAGAGUGUUGAUCCAAUGGCCGGAGACGUAUGAAGACCUACUCGCCGCAUCGCGUCGCGCGUUCUCCUCUCUCCCGAAGGACGAUGCGAAGAUAUACUUCGUGACGUUUGCCGAACUCAAUAGGAAGGAGCACUGGAUAGUGAAGAGGUUCACGACAGGAAAUGUGCGUGUUGCGCCUGAGGUUUGGGGUGGGAUUCGACCGCCGCUUGAGCAUGGGGGUCCGGGCGUUGUUAGGGAGGUUGAGGUGAAGACGCAGAGGAGGCCGUGGGACAUGAUCAGGACGUGUCAGCGUGACCUGAGGGAAGGUGUAGAGGAGAAGGCAAAGGACUGA